UCGUGUGUGUUUAAGCAACUGUUGUCUGCCUCCUUUGGAAAUUACUGUACUGUACUGUAGGGCACAAUUUUUUGCAGACCGGUGACUGGCAGUUAAAACACGUUUAUUUUAUCUUGGAGAAGGAAGCUGUUCCAGUGUUGUUUGUGAGUAGAACAAGAAUGGAUACAAGUCUAACUGGAGACCAGGUCCGAGACCUGUUUGUUGACUUCUUCAAGGAGAAGGAGCAUAUCUAUGUCCACUCCUCAUCAACAAUUCCCCUUGAUGAUCCCACUCUGUUGUUUGCCAAUGCAGGAAUGAACCAGUUCAAGCCCAUCUUUCUGGGCACAGUGGAUCCAAACAGUGACCUGGCAAAGUAUGUGCGAGUAGCCAACUCCCAGAAGUGUAUCCGUGCGGGUGGUAAACACAAUGAUCUGGAUGAUGUGGGCAAGGAUGUCUACCAUCAUACCUUCUUUGAAAUGUUGGGCAACUGGUCAUUUGGAGACUAUUACAAGAAAGAAGCUUGUACAUGGGCCUGGGAGCUGCUGACCGAGCGAAUCAAGAUGGAGAAAGACAGAUUGUAUGUAACCUACUUUGGCGGGAGUCCAGAGAUGGGACUUGAACCAGACAAUGACACAAGAGAUAUCUGGCUCAGUCUUGGUGUACCUGAAGACAGAGUGAUGCCAUUUGAUAUGAAAGACAAUUUCUGGGAGAUGGGGGAAACGGGCCCCUGCGGACCGUGUACCGAGAUCCACUAUGACCGGAUAGGAGGCCGAAACGCGAAACACCUCGUCAAUAUGGAUGUCCCAGACGUGCUAGAAAUCUGGAAUCUUGUGUUUAUGCAGUAUAAUAGGGAGUCAGCAACAGAGUUGAAAACUCUUCCCAAAGGCCAUGUUGACUGUGGUAUGGGAUUGGAGAGACUGGUUUCUGUAAUACAGAGGAAACAGUCAAACUAUGACACAGACCUAUUUGUGCCACUGUUUGACUUUAUACAAAAGACAACAGGCAUCCGUCCAUACACUGGAAAAGUGGGGAAAGAUGACGUUGACGGUAUUGACAUGGCGUACAGAGUGUUGGGGGAUCAUGCUCGCACACUGACUAUUGCUCUUGCUGAUGGAGGCAGACCAGAUAACACUGGCAGAGGGUAUGUGUUGAGACGUAUUCUACGACGUGCCGUUCGCUAUGCCACAGAGAAACUAGGGGCAAAGCCGGGCUUCUUUGCCAGCAUGGUAGACUGUGUGGUUAAACUGCUUGGUGGUGCAUUCCCAGAGGUUAAAAAGGACCCAGAUAUGAUUAAAGACAUCAUCAAUGAUGAAGAGGAACAGUUCUUAAAGACACUGAACCGUGGACGCCGACUGUUGGAACGGACCAUUAACAAAAUGGGUGAUACCACUACCCUACCAGGGGAUGUAGCAUGGAGAUUGUAUGACACGUAUGGGUUCCCUGUGGACCUGACCGCCCUCAUGGCAGAAGAGAAGCAGUUGAAGAUUGAUAUGGUUGCUUAUGAGGAAGCUAAGAAGAAAGCUCAGGAGAUGUCCCAAGGUCCAGGUGGUGUCCGGAACGAUCAGAUCAACCUGAAUGUACAUGCCAUUAACGACCUUCAGACACAGGGCAUUGCACCCACCGAUGAUUCCCCUAAGUACAACUACUCUGUUGAUGAUAAUGGCAACUACAACUUUGUGCCAUGUACGGGGAAGAUCCUAGCUCUGCGAACAAACAAGGAGUUUGUGCAGGAGGUUACAACUGGUCAGGAGUGCGGGGUCCUCCUUGAUAAGACAUAUUUCUAUGCCGAGCAGGGUGGACAGAUCUAUGAUGAGGGUUUUAUGGUGAAAGAGAAUGAGGAGGAUGUGGAGUUCACAGUACGCAAUGUUCAAGUGCGUGGAGGCUAUGUUCUACACAUAGGGGUGAUAGAGGGAACUUUACGAGUGGGGGAUACUGUCAGACAGGCAAUUGACGAGAAACGACGAUGUGCAGUUAUGAAGAACCAUACCGGAACACACAUGUUGAACUUUGGACUGCGCUCUGUACUGAAAGAGGCCGACCAGAAAGGAUCCCUUGUUGCACCAGACAGGCUCAGAUUUGACUUCUCUGCAAAGGGAGCGAUGACAGUCGCUGAAGUUAAGAAGACAGAAGACAUUGUGAAUCAAGUGAUUGCUGAAAAUAAGCCUGUCUAUGCCAAGGAGACACCGCUGGCAGAAGCAAAGGCUAUCCAGGGGCUGAGGGCUGUCUUUGAUGAGGUUUACCCUGAUCCAGUAAGGGUAGUUUCUGUGGGCAUACCAAUUGAGGAGUUGCUAGCUGACCCUAUGGGCCCGGGAGGGUCCAUCACUUCACUGGAGUUCUGUGGUGGAACGCACUUGAGGAAGGGAGGAGAUGCCGGGAAGAUGGUGAUUGUGUCGGAGGAAGCCAUUUCUAAGGGAGUCCGCAGAAUCAUUGCUAUCACUGGGGCUGAGGCGAUGAAGGCUUUACACCGUACAGAAGUGCUGGAACGUGAGGUCCAGGAGUUGAAGAAAAAAGUGGAGAGCAAUGAGAAAAGUCAGGAGUUCACGGACAAACAGCUCACACGCAUGAUUGUAGAUAUGGAUGAUGAGGUAACGCAGUCAGUUAUUCCAUACUGGCAGAAGGAUCAUAUACGUAGUGAGCUCAAGGGCCUCAAAAAGAAAAUGGAUGAUCUUGAUAAGAAACGUAAAGUCGCUGUGGUUGCUACGGUAACGGAACAAGCAAAACAGAUGAUCACAGAAAACCCAGGACAGAAAUACAUUGUGCACGAGUUUAAAGCUGGUUCCAAUGCGAAGGCUUUGGAUGCUGCAAUGAAACAGUACAAGGCUCUCAGUCCGGAGACAGCUGCCAUGUUCUUCACUGUCGAUCCAGACAACAGCAAGAUUGUCUGCAUGAGCUGCGUGCCUAAGUCCAUUGUGUCUCCUGAGUUUGGUGCAGACAAGUGGGUGGGCCAAGUGUCGGGUCUGAUCAACGGGAAAGGUGGGGGGAAGGAACUCUCUGCCCAGGCCACAGGAAGUAACACGGGAGCAAUAUCCAAGGCCCUGGAGGUCGCGCUAGAAUUCGCCAAAAUGAAGUUGUCUUGAACCAGGCUAUUAAAUUAGAAUUUUGAUAUAGCUGAUAAGCUGAUAUAUUGUCUCAUGUCUUCUGUUCUUUUCAAGGUUUAAAUAAAAAAAAAAUUAUAGGCCAAUGUGAAAAAAAUAAGAACAAUAUUCAGCUUGAUUCUUUUAUAUAUUCAGUGUUCAUUUUUCAUACCAAGAUUAUCUAAUUGAUUGUCUGUUGUGAAUGUCUUUGAUUCUCAUAUUUAUUUUUGAAGGCACUAGUGCUGUCAGUUAUCUUUGUAUUGGUAAAUUUAUAUCUGAGAAUAUUUCCUGUGCUUCUUUGGUGCAUGAUCAUGUUAAAAGUUAGAAGUGCUUUAAUUUGUAUGUUUCAGUAGAGAUAAGGUACUGGUACUGUUGAUUUAUUCAAGACAAUAAAAUAAUUUUGCUUAUGGGUGUGUUACAGUUGUGGAUAUCAUCCCAGUGUUAAUUUCCACUUUUUUAGGUGAAUGGGGCCAGAGCCCUGAUAUAAUUGUGCAAAUGAGGAUAAAAUGCCUAUAAUUAUGAACAGACCUGGCAUGGUGUAUUUUGAAAUUGGAAACAAAUGCAAAAAAGAACUCCUUAUGAUGCUUGGUUUAAAGAAAGUCAAGAGAAUUCGGCUGCAUUCAAAAAUAUCUGAACUGGUCGACUUAUUAACUGUUAAAGAGAUUUUUUUAUUUUUAGAAUUGUGAAUUUUGAGUCAUAUUUUUAUGAAAAAACUAUUCUUUUGGGAAUUGUGAACGGGGCAAAUGUAAAAAAACAACAAAAAAACAAUGCAUCAACAUGUAUUUGUUUAUCUUCCAAGAAAAUAGAAAUAGUAUUUCUGCUUCAAAAUGAAAUGCCAAUUAUUGUAUUUUAAACCGCAUGUCAUUGUUUCUAAUCAGGUAUUUUCUUUAAAUUAUUAAUUUGCAAAACAUUUAUCAUAGAUGUUGUCAUUUAUUUUCAUAAGCGCUUGUGUACAUUAAUAUCCAAGUUCUAGACAUGAAGUAUUCGGUAUAUUUUGUUCAUAAAUCAUUGGUUUACAUGAUAUAUUCAUUUAAUAUACCAGUACGACUUUCUGAAUUAACAAUUUUCUACAGGGAUUUUUAUCUCAUCUGAUUUAAAAUAAAUAAAUAAAAAAAUUGGUAUCGCCUUGCUGUUGUGGCUUGAAUAUAACCAAAAAAAAAUAUUUUAGAACAUAAUCAAAUGAAACUGCGUACACAUGUUGCCAGAGACAAUGCAUACUGCACGGAAAGGCCCUUAACUUUGGCAUUGAUAAAAAUUUAGUAUUUGCCCACGGUAUGAGUAAAAAAAGAAAGACGAGCAUUGACUGAGUGAGGUGCUCUUGUUUUUGUCAGGGUGGUGUCAAAAAUUGGUUGAAAUAGUAGGAAACAUAAUCUCCAAUUACUUGGGCUAAACAAUGGGCAUCUAUGGCAAUAAUAAAUUCAUUGAGAAAUUGAAUGUCUUUUUUACUGACCAUCAGACUUACUUAGUAACUUAAAUGGUACUUAUGGCCCUAAUACAAUGGCUCAAUGGUUCACUAAUGUACAUUAUUGGAAUUAAUGUUUCUUUGUUCACAAAUGAAAGUACCAUAAAUGCUUAUUUAUUAUUUAGACUUUUCCACCUUUGGUUUAUUUAUCCAGUAACCUGAACAGUGUUCUCUUCUUUAUGAAUUAUAGAUGUGAUUGGUUCUUAGAACAUCAUGUAGAGGUCAGAAAUCAGGAGAACUGUGAUCGAUCUGUAAAAACUGUAAAAUGUUGGUAGAUUAUUUUUCACAGUUUUGAGUUGGACCGAUUUAUUGUUCAAAGAAUACAAAUUGACCAAAGGUUUGUAUGCAUUCCAUGUUAAUACAUAUGCAUGUAUUUCUAUAUAAUUCCUUCUGUCAACUUAAUUUGCUUUGAUAUCAGGGCUGGUAUUCAAUAUUGACCUUAAUUAGAUAUGAGAACGAUGUAGCUAAUCGGAUUGCUUGUUAUAAAUAACUGACCAAUAGUGUGAAUGAAAACAAUGAUGUUUGACCUUAAGAUUAACCUAAGUUGUAUAUUGAAUACCACUCCAGACGUAUAUUUCUUUGUUGGCUCAAGUUCUAAUUAAUAAUUCCUUUUUUUUGCUUUAUAGAUAUCAGACAUUUUUUAUCUUUAUUGGCUUAAGUCUUGCUACAAACAAAAAUCUGUAAUGAACAUUCCACAGUCAUUCAAGUUGAAAGAAAGUGAUUCGUCUGUACACAUCUUAAAACUAAUGUAUGAAAUGUUGGAGGGCAGAGGGGGAUUUGGCCUUUGAAUUUGAAAUGGCUACAUAACAUUACCUACAUCCCUGUGAUGUUUUUGAUUAUUCUAUGUGACUUGGUUGAUGAUAUUUGUUGGCAUAUUUGGAUUAGUGUUCAUGAUAAGGUUGAUGGAGUAAUUCCUGAAAGUAUUUCACACUUCAAUGUAAACAUUGUUUAGCACACAACACAAUAUAUUUAUUGUUGAACUAUCAUGAAACUUUACUCCCAAAUAAACUGAUACAAAUUACA